GGGCAGGGUGGGACCGGGCUCAGGCCUGGCCUUACUCGAUCUUUAAGGGACCUUGUCCGGUUUCUCGAACUUAAUUGGCUCUUGGGAGGUUUUUAGUAGUAAAUUGCGUGAGAAUUGGAGGGAAGUGUAAGCAGGAAUUCUGGGUCGCAAUUAUGUUUACUCCAACCAGAUAAGGGCGUGUGUGUGUGUGUGUAUGUGUAUAUAUCCCUCUUUCUCUUUAGGAUGAAGUUCGUAGAUGGGUCACAGCAGUGAACAGGAGAGAGCUAUGUCGUGGUUUAUGAGGUUAAUGGAAGCUCAGAAGUAGAGACUAGAAAGUGAAAGGCAGCUUUACUCCCUCCCCACUUGGCUAUCUGGGUUGAAGACUUGGCCAUAUCCUUCUGCUUUGGAUCAGAAGGUCACGUGAAUGAAAAUAAAACCUGCCUAUUCAAAUUCUGGACCUAAUAAUCCUGCCUCAGGGCCCCCCAUCUCGUCAGUACCCCCAUUUUUUUAAAAUGUGAGAGUGAUAGGAAAGGGAAAUCAGAUUUUAAAGUUGGAAAAACAAAAGGCGUUAUUCUUUUCUAUGAUGUGGUGGUUGUCUUCUUGUCCUUUUACUCUCACCCAUUAAUAAUCUCUCCCUCCCUUUUAGAACUUGAAGGCACAAGAAUUGUAGGCAGUUUUCUACUGAGAGAGGAGAAACAAACUUUCUUUUAAGAUAGGAAAUGGACUUCUCACGCUAAAAAUAGAAGCUGGGUAGUGUGUAUGGGGUGGGGGGAGGGUUGGUAAAUCAGACAACGUGUAAAGUAUUUUGGAUGCCCUGGGCAUUAUCUGCUUAUCCAAAAUGAGCCACCUUUUAGGGUGCUGCAGAAUUAAUAUCCAGAAACUGAGAUCCCUUGUGAGCAAUACCUUCCUCUCAUAGUUGUUCUGUCUGUAACAGGUUUUCAUGUUUUGUUUUUCUUGGAGUAUAAUAACUGAUUUCUUUUUAAAUAAAAAAUAAAAGUGGCCUUUUAAUGUGUUUCCUACCUCUGCCUUGGUCAUGGCAUGAAAAUUAUGGAAUCUUAUCCUGUUGCUUUUGUGAUUCCCAUUUCAGGUUUCUUUGGAAACCCCCCUGGUAAGUGUGGAGGAGGCGGGACACUCUGACCCAAGACAAAAGGCCUGUAGCUCCAGCCAAAGGAAAUAAACCUUAGGAGAGAGAAGGAAAAAAAAUAUCCAUCAGCUGUUCCCGAGAACAACCUGCAGUGAAAUUUACAGAGAGGACAACUAAUGUGAGUGAGGAAGUGACUGUAUGUGGACUGUGGAGACAGUAAGUCACGUGGGCCCUGAGGGCCUGGACUGGGUUAGGAAACAGUUGUACUUUCAGAGGUGAGGUGUCAAGAAGGGAAAAGUGAAUGUGGUCUGGAGUGUGGCCUUGGCUCCAAGGGGUGUGCUUUCCUCUGAGGCUGUCAGGAAGCUCAGCCCCUGUGUUCUGCCAGGGUGGGGUACAGGGUUUGGCACUGAGGAGGGUAACUUGCUGGCUGGAGCAGCAGAGCAGUGGCCUUGAUUUGUCUUUUGGAAGAUUUAAAAACCAAAAAGCAUAAACAUUCUGGUCCUUCAGCAAUGCUUUCUCUGAAGAAAUACUUAACGGAAGGACUCCUCCAGUUCACCAUUCUGCUGAGUUUGAUCGGGGUGCGGGUGGACGUGGAUACUUACCUGACCUCGCAGCUCCCCCCGCUCCGGGAGAUCAUCCUGGGGCCCAGUUCUGCCUAUACUCAGACCCAGUUCCACAACCUGAGGAAUACCUUGGAUGGCUAUGGUAUCCACCCCAAGAGCAUAGACCUGGACAAUUACUUCACUGCCCGGCGGCUCCUCAGUCAGGUGAGGGCCCUGGACAGGUUCCAGGUGCCAACCACUGAGGUUAACGCCUGGCUGGUCCACCGGGAUCCGGAGGGGUCUGUCUCUGGCAGCCAGCCCAGCUCGGGCCUCGCUCUCGAGAGUUCCAGUGGUCUCCAAGAUGUGACAGGCCCAGACAACGGGGUGCGAGAAAGCGAAACGGAGCAGGGAUUCAGUGAAGAUUUGGAGGAUUUGGGGGCUGUAGCCCCUCCAGUCAGUGGAGACUUAACCAAAGAGGACAUAGAUCUGAUUGACAUCCUUUGGCGACAGGAUAUUGACCUGGGGGCUGGGCGUGAGAUUUUUGACUACAGUCAUCGCCAGAAGGAGCAGGAUGUGGAUAAGGAGCUGCAAGAUGGAGCAGAGCAGGAGGACACCUGGCCAGGCGAGGGUGCAGAAGCUCUGGCACGAAACUUGCUAGUGGAUGGAGAGACUGGGGAGAGCUUCCCUGCACAGGUGCCUGGUGGGGAGGACCAGACAGCCCUGUCCCUGGAAGAGUGCCUUAGGCUGCUGGAGGCCACCUGCCCCUUUGGGGAGAAUGCUGAGUUUCCAGCAGACAUUUCCAGCAUAACAGAAGCAGUGCCUAGUGAGAGUGAGCCCCCAGGUCUUCAAAACAAUCUUUUGUCUCCUCUCCUGACGGGGACAGAGUCUCCAUUUGAUUUGGAACAGCAGUGGCAAGAUCUCAUGUCCAUCAUGGAAAUGCAGGCCAUGGAAGUGAACACAUCAACAAGUGAAAUCCUGUACGAUGCCCCUCCAGGAGACCCACUGAGCACCAACUACAGCCUUGCCCCCAACACUCCCAUCAAUCAGAAUGUCAGCCUGCAUCAGGCGUCCCUGGGGGGCUGCAGCCAGGACUUCUCACUCUUCAGCCCGGAGGUGGAGAGCCUGCCUGUGGCCGGCAGCUCCACGCUGCUCCCGCUGGUCCCCAGCAAUUCCACCAGCCUCAACUCCACCUUUGGUUCCACCAACCUGGCAGGGCUCUUCUUUCCACCCCAGCUGAAUGGCACAGCCAAUGACACAGCAGGCCCUGAGCUGCCUGACCCACUCGGGGGUCUGUUAGAUGAAGCCAUGCUAGAUGAGAUCAGCCUGAUGGACCUGGCCAUUGAAGAAGGCUUUAACCCCGUGCAGGCCUCCCAGCUCGAAGAGGAAUUUGACUCUGACUCAGGCCUCUCCUUGGACUCCAGCCAUAGCCCUUCCUCCCUGAGCAGCUCUGAAGGUAGUUCUUCCUCCUCCUCGUCCUCCUCCUCCUCUUCUUCCUCUUCCUCUUCCUCUACUUCUUCCUCAGCCUCUUCCUCCUUUUCUGAGGAAGGUGCAGUUGGCUACAGUUCUGACUCUGAGACCUUGGAUCUGGAAGAGGCUGAGGGCGCUGUGGGCUACCAGCCCGAGUAUUCCAAGUUCUGCCGCAUGAGCUACCAGGACCCAGCUCAGCUCUCCUGCCUGCCCUAUUUGGAGCAUGUGGGCCACAACCACACAUACAACAUGGCACCCAGUGCCCUCGACUCUGCUGACCUGCCACCACCCAGCACCCUCAAGAAGGGCAGCAAGGAGAAGCAGGCCGACUUCCUGGACAAACAGAUGAGCCGGGAUGAGCAUCGAGCCCGAGCCAUGAAGAUCCCCUUCACCAACGACAAGAUCAUCAACCUGCCUGUGGAGGAGUUCAACGAGCUGCUGUCCAAGUACCAGCUGAGUGAAGCCCAGCUGAGCCUCAUCCGUGACAUCCGGCGCCGUGGCAAGAACAAGAUGGCGGCGCAGAACUGCCGCAAGCGCAAGCUGGACACCAUCCUGAACCUGGAGCGGGAUGUGGAGGACCUGCAGCGCGACAAAGCCCGGCUGCUGCGGGAGAAGGUUGAGUUCCUCCGGUCCCUGCGGCAGAUGAAGCAGAAGGUCCAGAGCUUGUACCAGGAAGUGUUUGGGCGGCUGCGGGAUGAGAACGGGCGGCCCUACUCGCCCAGUCAGUAUGCGCUGCAGUAUGCCGGGGAUGGCAGCGUCCUCCUCAUUCCCCGCACCUUGGCUGACCAGCAGGCCCGGCGGCAGGAGAGGAAGCCGAAGGACCGGAGAAAGUGGAGUGGGUGUUCCAGCUUCAAGGCUUUUUCUGGCAGGAAGAAGAUACGAGACCUCAAGUAAGGACUGUGAAGGCUGCUACACCUGAGACAGGAAGUGAGACGAGGUCCUAGAUUUCGCAGGGAGAUGAGCAGACCUCAGGACCAAACUUCUGGGUGACGUGCUUGGGUAGGGGUCGAAGGCUUGCUUUGUCUUGACUUUAGUCCUAGGCAUCAUUCAAACUGAUUUUCCCACACAUUUUAAAUCAUGUAAGGCGACGGAAAUAGAUCCAUUGUGUUUGGGUUUUUUUUGCGGUACGCGGGCCUCUCACUGUUGCGGCCUCUCCCGUUGCGAAGCACAGGCUCCAGACGUGCAGGCCCAGCGGCCAUGGCUCACGGGCCCAGCCGCUUCGCGGCAUGUGGGAUCUUCCAGACCGUGGGGCACGAACCCACGUCCCGUGCAUCAGCAGGCGGACUCCCAAGCACCGCGCCACCAGGGAAGCCCCAUUGUGGUUUUUUUUUUUAAGGCUGCACCACAUGGCCUGUGGGAUCUUAGUUCCCUGACCAGGGAUUGAACCCGUGCCCCCUACAGUGGAAGCACAGAGUCCUAACCACUGGACCGCCAAGGAAGUCCCAGAUCCACUGUUUCAAUCUCUGCCCCACAUACGAUCUCACCAGUGAAGCCAGGGCUAUUUCAGAAUCAACAAAUAUAGAAAAAAUAUAGAACUGAGGGAAAGUAGAGAUCUAGAGACAUGCUCAGUGUCAUCAAGACCUGGCCUCCACGGCUGGCUCCUUGCCCUUCCUAGGGAAAGCUGAACAGCAAUUAAAAACAGCCAGUGAAUGAGGAGGUACUUUCCAUGGAGUCCUGCCUUCCUUAGGCUGCCUUCAUCCCUGCUCUGACCACCCACAGCUACACCAGACCUUGCUGCUCUUCAGAUCUGUUUGGCACAUAGCUGGAAAACAAGUGCCUUGCAGAAAAAAAGAACAUCCCUACCACCAUAGUUCUACCUCAUCCAGUAGGGACUGACCUAGGGCAACAGCUUCAGAAACUCAGACUAAAUAUAUAGUUUUAGGGCACUACCAGCAAGAGCCCAUUUCCUUGAUACUAUCCAUGUACAAAAAUGGGUACCAGGUUGGUGUCUGCCUCUCUGGAAGUCAUUUUCCCAACGAAGUGUAGACAUUCUCUAGCAAAAUCCAUGUGUUUGAUUAUUAUGAGUGGUUAAGCCUUGUUUUUCUAUGCCUGAUCCAUCUGGGAAGUGAGAGGGAACCAUAGACCUUCAACUGGUCAUUUUGUCAGUGCACCAAGAACCUCUUUCACUUUUACUUCUCCCACAGAGGUCAGUCAGCCUCCGUCUAGUUCUGAACUUUAUAGAGUAAGAGAGUGAGCAUGUGGGGACUCUGGGGAUACGUGUGAAACUUAACGCGUGAUUUGAGUUCUGGUCCUUUUUCUGUCUAGGAUUUCUUUGAAAGUUCAUGUCUGCCUGAAUUAGUUGAGAAUCAGAAUCUAGUGUACAAGUUGUCUCCAGUGGAGUGAGAAUAUGGGCCUUUGUGAAGAAGUGUGUUUUCAAAAUCAGUUGGAUAGAAAUCCUUGUCUUCCUUUUUGAGUGUGCAGAAAUAUCAAUAAAAGUCUUAAAGCUGGUUCUUUUCCAGUCUAACUGCAGAAUGGAAUAGGUUGUACAGUAUUUGUUACUUAAUUCCAAAUGCUGUUUCAACCAAGGAAGCAAAACCUAGUUCACUUGGGGAGAGGUGGAGAAAAGACCAAGAGUUGGGGCUCUGCCUUUUGUUUUAAACACAGAUUUAAUGAGGCUAAUUCAGUUGUCUUAAUAAGCCUUCCAGUCUUCAGCUAGGGGCUGAAGCAGUAACUGAAACUGUGGGCCCAUGUCCCAGAGCCAGGCCCCAAAGUAGCCCAGCCUGACCUGUGACUAUGCAAACAGUAAACAGGGCAGGAUUGGUCAAAGUCAACUAGGAUUUUAAAAUCCAUGUGGGGUAAACAAUGGCUUUGGUACUAUCACAAGUAGUACUUUGGUAAAUCACAUGCAAACCAGUAAGGUCAGAAUGCAGACUCAGACCUGCUGGUGAAUUAACACAAGCUAUUUAGUAUCAACAAAAACCAGUCAGCAUUAUAUUGUAAACGUAACGUUUCAGCCUUGCCUCAGAGUUCUGCCACCUAACUGGCCUAAGCAAAAAAAAAGCCUUAGAAACCGACUCCUUACUCUACUUGCCCCAUAGAGCAGGGCCAACUAUGCUUUUCAUCCCAGCAGGAUGAUUUUAUUUCACAUUUCAUUUGCUUUCAAUAUUCAUCAAUUUACUCAUCGGGAAGUGCCCAAGGCCAAAGUCAAUUAAAAGUCAUCCAUACGAAAGAUAAGCAACCCUGAACACAUCGGCUAGGAAAGCAGCAACUUUUGGAGAAAACCUCAUUGCUGGACAGUCAAACCAAGGUGAUGUGCAGAUCAGAGACUGACAGUUGUCUGAGGACCUUAAGCUCCUAUAUCAAACUUCUUACCACAUAUCAGAACACCAGGAUGUCUCUAUCUAUUGCUAAAAGGCAAGGUGAAGGAAGCCAAGACUCCUUCCUUUAAUAAGCUGAAUGCUGGCCUGGUAGUGGUAUUUGUAUUUCAAUCAAAUUCUAGCAGAGGGGACUUCCCUGGUGGUGCAGUGGUUAGGAAUCCGCCUGCCAAUGCAGGGGACAUGGUUUCGAGCCCUGGUCCAGGAAGACCCCUCUUGCCAAGGAGCAACUAAGCCUGUGCGCCACAACUACUGAACCUGCGUGCCACAACUACUGAGCCUGCACACCUACAGCCUGUGCUCCGCAACAAGAGAAUCCACCACAAUGAGAAGCCCGUGCACCGCAACUAGAGAAAGCCCACGCGCAGCAAUGCAGCCAAAAAUUAAAAUAAAUAAAAAUAAAAAAAAUAAAUUCUAGCAGAGGGAAAACACUGAGCCUGGACUUAGUUCAUUCCUAUCAGUUCUGAGUUUUAAAUGAGAACAUCCUCAUGAUGUUCAUGAGAAGGCCCAACUUGCACAUCAGAUUAGUAUGACUUGAUCAGAUAAAUUUGAUCUCAAACAGAACUCAGGUCCAUACAUAGUUCAGGAUUUGGAGCCAAUGCAGAAAUUUGGAUUUCAGAGUUUCAAUUCCACCAAAUUAUUUUGGAGUAGCGAUUUGUUCUAGCACUCCCCCCCCACCCUUUCUCUAUGAGGAAAAUAAUUACCUUGUAAUACAGAUUCCCAAUGCCACAGGCCAUAGACUAUAAAGAUGUGCUGUGUACACAUGGUCAAACACUAAAUAGCCAAGGGUUAAAAUCAAGUUGAGCUGAGUCUGAAUGAGUUCUGGAAUGUAAGAUUAUACCGGAAAAUAAGUACUUAAAAAUCAAUUAUUAAACAUUACUUAAAAUGGGUAGUCAAAACUUUCAAAUGCCAUUGGAAAGCAGAAACAAUUAUUCCUGAGCACUGUCAGUUGACAAGAGUGUUUCUGUAUUUACUGUAUUAACUUGAAACUCAACUGAAGGCAGUGAAGGAACAAGGUAUUUUCUUUGACUGGCUUUGCCAGUGUAGGACAGCUGAUAAUGAUUCUGUCACCAAAUUAGUAAGCUCUUGUUCUUUUGUAAUGGUAACUAAGGUAACAAUCUGUAUCUCCUCAACUCCUGGGCUAGAGGUCUAAUAUGAUGCAAUUUUGUUGAAGGCAUCUGACAUGUUUUUGUAUUUCCUAAAGAAAUGCUCUACGAAUACUUUCUGAAAGCAGACUUAAGAUUUGUUGUGCCUAUGUAUAUUUUUUCCCCUGACAUUUCUGCAUGCAUUUGUGGCUUCAGCGAUCACUUGAGAAAAAUGUAUCCUUAACCCUUGAAUCUAGAAAUGUGUGAUAAUUGGCUUUUAAAGAUAACAAAAUUGCAUAUCUUCACUUCAACGUGCAUUAUCAAUUUCAGUGUCUUCCAUGGGGAAGAAUGAUAUGGUUUUAAAAGAGCUCAGGAAUGCCAGCAGUGACAGUGAAAUAGGUUCCAAAGGUUAAGGCUAAAGCUGAAUAGCACCCCAUCUUGGACAAGCACCAAGACUGAAGGCUAAUUUCAGUGCAUCUGAUGAUGGAGAACAGAACCAGAUAUAUCUGCCCACCCCAACUCUCUUAACUAGCUACAGACUGCUCUGCUGCUGCCAACUACAAGGACACACUCAGACCUCUGCAGAGGAAGACCUCUCCAGCUCCAUUUAUGUCUCCCUAAACUCCUAGGAGGCUUUCUGAAAAAAGUAUACCUACACUCAGUUUAUUUGGAACAAAUGCUUUGCACUAAUGCGUAGAGCUGAACUGAUCUCAGUGGAAAUCCUAUUUCCCCUUUUAUAACUGACAAGAAUCUAGUCCCAUUUUGGCUCUAGAAUUAUAGGCAGAAAAUGAUGUUAAGAAAAUGGAUGACAUUUCAAUUCACUGAUCAAACACAGGACCAAUUCCUGAAAAGUUUGGAGAAGCUGACUUUAGCUACGGUCACACAAAUCUAUGAAAUACCUGAGCCAGGAUCUAAACCUAACCCCAAAACCUGUAUUUCCAAACGUAUCAUAUUUUGGAAGUGCUAUCAGGUCACAGAGUGCUGAACGAACUUUGAGCAGUAUGAAGACAGAAUGAUGCGACAAUCUUUAUAAUCUCUGUAUCAAUUAUAAAUGCUCAGUGUCAAAGAAAGAUCCACACCAGACACUAGAUUUUCAAGCCUACAGUAUUUAAGAAAUAAAACCAUUCAAGUGUGGAAGUUGUUCCCAAAGAGGCUCAAUCUAUAAAAUAAUAAUAAGGCAAGGAGUGUUUCUGGCAAGACAAGACAAAAAUCAAGGAUUAUAAAUCUAUAGUUUUAUUAAGACAAGAACUGACAGUGUUGGUAUGAAGUUUAACAUUUAAAAACAAAAGUUUUCACAGAAACCUAACACAUGCCUAAAAAGAUUUUACAACGGAGUUCUAGAUGCAGGUCUAAAUGAUGUCAAGAACUGAUGGAUCUCAUGAUUCAAGACAGCAUUUUGGGUUUUAGUUAAUUCUUAGGAUUAAAAAAAUGUGUUUUGUUUUAAAGUGAACCACUGCCCCAGUAUGAAAAUUUAAUCUCCUGAGACCAGGGCUUCAGAAAUCAUUCAACUCUUGAAGUGACUCAGUGAACUUGUGCUGUCAGUGACUGAACCCUGCCACCAAUGGUUUCAAAGUUCAAAAAACAGAGGCUCCAAGAGUUUUCCACCCUAAGAGUACCGGCCCUUGUCUUUGCCUACUCUCCCAUCUCCUAUACCACCCUCUGCCCUUCCCCAAAUACUUCAGCCAGUGGCUUGGAUGGAGAAGCUGAUAUUUAUAACUUCAAAAUUGGAAAAGAAAGGGUCUUCUUGUCAAUUUCAAGAAUUAGCACCUCUAAGACAGAAUGAUCUGCCUGUGUAUACACUCCAAUAAGACUUUUCCUCAACCAGUUUCCAUCCCCCAAAUGGCGGCUUUGGUAACUUCUUAAUUGGGAAGUUAAGAAGUUACCAAAGCUUAAUGCUUUUUGGGAACAGCAUUAAGCUCAGGCAGGCAACACCUUGGCUUCUAAGUUUCAGGCAUUCACAGCUUUUAAACAGUCUCUCACAGUCCUCAUUUAGGUUGCCAAUGACAUUUUUUGAAAGGAUGAAAUAUUCUGGACACAGAACCAAAUCAUCAUUAGUUGUUCUUUCCUUUCUUUCACCAUUUCCCCCCAACAGGCCCCAAAUUUUAACAAAAAUGAUCCUAACCCAUCUCCCUUCUUCCCCACCCCAUCCCUCCCACCCCAAAUAACACACCAGAAAUAGCCAAAAACUACAUACAUGCUACGCUGUAAAAAUGCAGAGUUAACACUAUUGGGAAGAAGGCUGUGGGUUGUGGAGAUGCUCUUUGAAGAUCUGCAGUAUCUUUUGCUCUCCCACAUCCCAUUCUGCAAGUUUUGUCCUUCAUAGAAGGCCCUUUGCUUUUCUCAGCAAAGUUCAGAAUGGGUUGCCUUGAAACACUGACCCUCCUUUCCCUCCACUGGGAUGGGUGUGCAAACUAUACAGCAUGGAGCGGCUUUAAAGCACUUGGGCUGCUGUAGGGCACAGAAACUAUACUGGCUCUUCAAAGGACAUCUUCUCAAGCCCCCUCUACGGUGUCAAGACAAGUAGAUCUCCUUCUUUCCCCACCUGAAACCCACAGUCAGAUGUGACAGGGGCUGGUACUCAGGAGAGUUAAUUCUUGUCAUCUUUUUUGUCAUCAUCCUCCGAGGGGUAGGAAUGCCACGUCAGCCUUUCCUCAUAGAAGGAUAUGACAACCUGUGGGCACUUGACAUUGGCUUCCUUGGCAGGGACCAGGUCAGCCUCAUCAGAGUUUUUCCUGCAGAACAAAGCACAAAGAGACUUUGAGACCAGGUGCUAGUGGUCUCCUAACUUGGAUCACCCAAGGGCUUGGGCUUUUAAAAUAUUAAUUCCAGGCUUCCCUGGUGGCGCUGUGGUUAAGAAUCUGCCUGCCAAUGCAGGGGACGUGGGUUCGAGCCCUGGUCCAGAAGAUCCCACAUGCUGCAGAGCAACUAAGCCUGUGCGCCACAACUACUGAGCCCGUAAGCCACAACUACUGAGCCCGUGUGCCACAAAUACCGAAGCCCACGCGCCUAGAGCCUGUGGCUCUGCAACAAGAGAAGCCACCAUAAUGAGAAGCCCGCACACCGCAACGCAACAAAGAGUAGCCCCUGCUCACCGCAACUAGAGAAAGCCCGCACACAGCAACAAAGACCCAAUGCGGCCAAAAAUAAAUUUUUAAAAAAAUUUAUAAAAAAUAAAUUAAUAAAAUAUUAAUUCCAGAAGAGCAGGCCAGGGAAGGAUGAUAAUAUGGUGUAAGCAUCAUUUACUAGCAGCUUUUAGCCAAGUAAUAUCCUCGGAGAUCUUCUCCCAUUGAAAAUGCCCUCUAGAUAUCUUUGUCAAAAGCUAACUCUGAACCCCUGGGAAAGGCCGCACACACACAUACAAAACCAUGACUCUCAGAUUCUCUGAGGAAAUAAGAGAGGCUACCAUACUCUUCCAAAGCCAUAUCCCAGCUGCUAAAAGCCCAUGGAGAGAUCUUGGCUUGGUAAUAGGAUUUAAUACCAUGUUGGAUAGUAAGAUUUAAUACCAAUUUGGCACUGACCAGAGCCAAUGCAGGUGGACACUUUCUUGCUUACUCAUAAUCAUACUGUUUAACACUACCAAGUGCCAUGCUCACAGACAGGCCACAACUCCCAGGUGCUUUGAAAUGGUGCUUCAAAACUGGGAGAUAGAAAAUAAAGGGACUGUUACAUAAUUCUCCAUAUUUUUUCUGAAUUUUAAAAUGUUCUCAGAAAUUGAAAACCACAUACGUAUUACAAGGGACUUAGGGGUAAGCUAUCUUCAGGUCAUUGGGAACAUCCUAGAUGGAAGCAAUAGCAUAGGGCAGGCAGCAGAUAGAUAUAUAUGAUGGGAUCUCUGACGAGACACUACCCCAAACUUCCAGAACUCCAGCAACAGGUACACCAAAGCCACACAGCCCCACGGAACCAGGGAAGAGUAAGCCAGUAAGGUAUGAUUUUGAAAAACAGACAAGAGAAUGGGAAGGAAAAGGAGUAUAACAGCAUGGGAACCUGAAGCAGGCUGCCCCUUGCUGACAAUUCAACAACAGCCUUUGAAGUAAGAGUUCAGUCUUUUCACUGCACAGAAAAAUAGCUACUUUGGGAAAUGAACAAGUAUCUCCAUUCUCCAGGAAAAUCACUUUAAAGUGAACUUGGUUUAAUAAUCAACAUCCAAUCUUAACUUGCAGAGUUACAUUCAGCUAUAAUCUUUACACACUAGUGAGUGAACCAAAGGAAUGUAGUGUCAAGCAAUAAGGAGGUGCUACCAUUACUCAGACUGGUCACAUGCAGCCAGAGAAAGUGUAUUCUAGUUGGACUGAAUAAGUCCUGGUAUUAAUUCCUUUCUCCCAUAUGCAGCACCUUAAAAAUGAACUUUUCUCCUACAGGCUAGCAAUAAAUAAGCUAAAAGAAGGUCAGAGUCAGUAAACACCUAGGGAGUGCAUGGGAAAAAAAAAGAGGUUUAGCCGGUUGUGCCAUAGGCUUUCAGUGUUCAAGUUAGGCCUCUCCUGCCACCUUCUAAAGGAGAGGAAUUAGUACAGAUAUGAGUUUCCGAGAAGGUUCUAGACUGACAAAAGGACAAAGCCCCUAGAAUGCUGCCUUCUUUGGCACAGGCUUAGGAUUAUUCACUCCUAAUUUAUAUUUUAAGGACAAUGAUUGAGCUUCACUUUGGGGGGGAGGAGAACAAGCACUUCCAACAAGCAAGAAAAAGGGAAGAAAGCUUUCCUUUUGGACAGAGAAUAGAGAAAUUAUAGAGAAUUUUGGGUUAAUUACAGUUCUUAAGAUUCUCAAGACAACUGCUUUCAUUAAGCUGUUUCAUGGAGUACUACCACCACUGGUAUUUAUACUUAUAAUGGAAAAAAGCAGGCUUCUCUGUAUGCUUAGUAUAGUAAAGGGGCCUUGCUGACCCCUGCUGGCAGAUACGGCAAUUGUAGAAUCUGCACAAACUGGAGAGGAUCUAACAGUCAAGGACAAAGGAAGAGCUACAGAAAUUCUUUCCUAACCCUGAGAAGUUAACAGAAUUUCUGAUCCUGGGGCCAGCCCGAUCUUUAUUAAGGAGGUGGUGGAAGGGGAGGGUGGUUCAAUCACAUUUCUUUUUUCCCCCCUUUAUUUACAUGAGUGAAAUGUGAUUCCUCCCCAUACCCUCUGUACUCCAGAUUGUCUCCCACCUCCUAAAAAAAAAUGGGCAAAGAUCCAAGAAUCCUAAGGGCCCCUACCUGUAACUCACGAGUCCAAGUUGGCAGUCAGGCCGAGGGUCACUAUCGAAGGACUAUGCCAUCUUAAAGAUUUCACACCUGGGCGACUGGAAUUUUGAAGGUCCAGCUCUUUUCCUCUGGCAUGGAACAGAUGUGGAGAAGAAAAAAACCACCACACAGAGCCACUGGCAGACUCACCAUUUCAUCAGGAACAUGAGUUCUCCACUGGAGUCUGUAGCUCCAAUAAUCCGCUCCGGUUCCAAACCCCGGGCAAAGCCUCGUGGCUUUUCUGACUGUAAAAACCACAGAGAUGGAACAAUUUUAACUAUAUGGGACUGUUAUCCGGACUGGAGCAACUCCUGUUUCUCUGACAAUGUUAUCAAACCCUUUUGCCAAUAUUUCACCAAAUCUUUGGCUCUAAGUCACAAGCCUUUUAGAAUCCUUCUGAGUGAUUAUUCCGUCGAGUUUUGAAGUGCUUGAGGUUUCCCCAUAUGUAAAAAGGGACCCACAUCUCAAGCAAAAUAAAUGUUCACAACUGUUCUUCACCCUCGAAAGGUACCUUACUUUACGGUAUUGAAUAGAUUAAAACCUGUAAUGAUUAAAACAUUGACAGCCAUCUCCUCACAGGAAUGAAUUCCCUUGCACUUACUGUUCUUGAACCUCACAUAAAAUAAGAGUAGAUUAUGUGGCUUCAUGAGAUUGAACCCUCAAACAUUUUUUUUUUUUUUGCGGCACGCGGGCCUCUCACUGUUGUGGCCUCUCCCGUUGCGGAGCACAGGUGCUGGACGCGUAGGCUCAGCGGCCAUGGCUCACGGGCCCAGUCUCUCCGCGGCAUGUGGGACCUUCCCGGACCGGGGCACGAACCCGUGUCCCCUGCAUCGGCAGGCGGACUCCCAACCACUGCGCCACCAGGGAAGCCCCUCUCAAACAUUUUUAAAGCAUUAGCCUAUCUAACAUUCCAAAAGGAUUGAGAGCCAGCUGCUGAGAUCUAAGGAGCAGCAGAACAAAAGUGCUUAAAUUAUCUUUCAGCUUCUUUGACAGCAGCAUGAAUUCUAGGCUAGUAAAAAUUCUUACUUCGAGCCUUACCUCUUCUUUCUUCUUCUUUGGUUUGCUCUCCUCCCCCUUAUCUUCCGAAUCAGAAUCAGCUUUGCGCUUGCCUCCCUCCGAUUUAUCUGUCUCGUGUGCUGUUUUCUG